AAUGCAUAGAAAACCCAGCCCUUGGUUUAUUUGCAACCGGUUCUCAAGCCUCUCCAUCCUCGCGUGUUAUGUAAGAGGAGGGACUGAGCAGUCUGAUUGGCACUUGCACUGAAUACGUCGACCGAGGGAGGAUAUAAUCAUUUGAGAGUACUGCGCACUCUUACAAGCACCGCUGGCAUCUUCCGACAGAAGGUACUGGAACUUUCCAUUUUAACAGGCGAAGAAUUAUCAGCGACACACACCGGGACCGACUUCAUUUAAGGGAAGUUACUUAUCAGCGAGACACCCCAGGUCAUCGUUUGCGAAGUUACUUCAGCGAGACGCACCGGGACCGACUUCAUUCAAACAACGUUACUUAUCAGCGAGAGACCCCGCUACCGGCUUCAUUUAAGCGAAGUUACUUCCAGACGUUUUUACUUGAAGUGGAAGAAGAACUACGCAGUACGCAGCAUAUUCUAUCGUGAAUGACAGUAUGGCUGCACUUCACCAUCAAGCCACCAGCCAUGUCUGUCAACGUUCAUAUCAACAGCCCAAAUGUGAGGUACACAGAUACACACAUUGUGUCUCAGUAUCCCUACCAGACCACAUCAGUUCACAGAGAGGGAAACAAGGUCACAGUGACUCCCCGCACUACCGAGUUGACCUUCCGCACAGAGAGACGUGUGCGUCUGGGUGUGAUGCUGGUUGGCUGGGGAGGCAACAACGGGACCACAGUCACAGCAGCUGUACUGGCCAAUAAGCUCGGUCUCACCUGGAGAACCAAGACUGGAGAGAAGAAAGCAAACUACUUCGGCUCCCUCCUGCAGGCGUCUACUAUUUGUCUGGGAUCAGACCUCGAGGGCGAGGUCAACAUGCCCCUCUGUGACUUCCUACCCAUGGUGCACCCUAACGAUAUAGUCUUUGAUGGCUGGGAUAUCUCUUCAAUGGAUCUUGGCAGUGCGAUGGAGAGAGCUCAGGUGUUUGACUGGUCAUUACAAAAGCAACUGCAACCACACAUGAGCCGCAUGAAACCCAGACCGUCAAUCAGUAUCCCAGAAUUCAUUGCUGCGAACCAAGAGAGUCGGGCAGACAACAUCCUUACUGGGAGCAUGGCGGAGCAGGUAGAGCAGAUCAGAGCUGACAUAAGGGAUUUCCAGAAGUCGAGUAAUGUGGACAAAAUCAUUGUUCUUUGGACCGCCAACACUGAGCGCUUCUGUGAUAUCAUACCUGGGGUCCAUGACACUGCAGAGAACCUGCUAGCUGCAAUCCAGGCUGGAGCAGCGAUUUCUCCCUCCACUCUGUUUGCAGUGGCCAGUAUACUGGAGGGUUGUGCCUACAUCAACGGCUCCCCACAGAACACUUUUGUACCAGGCGUCAUAGAGCUGGCCGUGAAGAAAGGGGUGUUUAUUGGAGGAGAUGACUUCAAAUCUGGUCAGACAAAGAUCAAGUCAGUGCUGGUGGACUUUCUGGUCAGCUCAGGUAUCAAGCCGACCGCCAUUGUCAGCUACAAUCACCUCGGCAACAAUGACGGGAAGAACCUGUCGGCUCCACAGCAGUUCCGCUCCAAAGAGAUCUCCAAGAGCAACGUGGUGGAUGACAUGGUCCAGUCAAACCCCAUAUUGUACCAGCCUGGAGAAAAACCUGACCACUGUGUGGUGAUUAAAUAUGUCCCCUAUGUGGGAGACAGCAAGCGUGCCAUGGAUGAAUACACAUCUGAAAUAAUGAUGGGAGGGACCAAUACUAUCGCACUGCACAACACCUGUGAGGACUCUCUUCUAGCCAGCCCAAUCAUCCUGGACCUGGUGAUCCUGACAGAGCUUUGUCAGCGUGUGACUGUCCGACCCCAGGGGGAGGAGGACUUCCUGUCUUUCCACAGUGUCUUAGCAGUGCUCUCCUUCCUCUGCAAGGCCCCCCUGGUCCCAUCAGGGACACCGGUCAUCAACGCCUUUUUCCGCCAGAGGGCCUGCAUACUAAAUAUCAUGAGAGCGUGCCUCGGCCUUCCUCCUCAGAACCACAUGCUGUUGGAGCACAAGCUGCAGAGAAACUUCCUGUAUCCACAUAUCUCCAACAUGAAUGGCCAUGUGGCUGCUUUGGAAAAUAAUUGGAACUAAAAACGUAAUACAAUUGUAAACUACAAUUGGCAGUACAACUGACACCGUGUAUAACAAGAACAAAGGCCCUCAUUGAUCUAUUGUUGCGAAAAUAACAACUUUGACAACUUUGCAGAGUAAACUUGACAUUAAUGUAAGAUGCAUUUAAAAUCAAGGUAUUAAUCGAGUCUUGGCCUAUUAAACAAUGGCGUGGUGCUGCAACAUUUACAUGUCAUACAUGCAGUUCUGCUAUAGCUACUGAGCAACAACAGAGGCCUAUAUGAAGCCCCUAGACUACAUUAUUCCCCACACAGCGGAACAUUGUUCAAAGCAGGCUAUUUUGUUCAAAUAUAUAUAUAAAGUAAAUGCAUCUUUGCUUGUAUCAAUAUUCAAGAAGUUCUCCAAGUGCAAUGCAUAUGUGGAAUACAAUUGUACUGUAUAGUUCAUAGGAAUAGGUUCAUAUGUUUAACAAGCAAAUGUGAUGCUAAUUGUGCAGCUGUGAAAAAAAACUUAAUGAAGCAAUAUCUGUUGUUUGAUGAAUGAGGGUCAUCUUCUUAACUUACUGUAUUUUGUGUUAUUGUCUUAAUCACUGCUUUACUGUAGCCAUCCAUAUGUUUUUGUUUGAAGAUACGUUUUUGAAAACGUGGAUGCAGUUUUGACUAUUUUGUCAUUGAGUAACAUGGGCUAUAUACAAUAAACCUUAACAUAUUAUUUGAACUUAA